UGCGAGUCGGCUCCUAGAGUACUUGAUAUCACUGCAGAGUUCAGUCGUCGCUCAUUCAGUCGGGUCCAGAUACACGUACUGUAAACUGCUGUCAGGGUGUCCACAGAAAUGGAUGCUCAUUUCCCUGUACUGAACAUGGGAGAGCCCUGUGUUCAGAUCUUUGAACAACCCAAACAAAGAGGCAUGCGCUUCAGGUAUAAGUGCGAAGGCCGUUCAGCGGGGAGUAUACCUGGAGAAAGAAGUUCUGACAAUAAUAGAACUUAUCCAAGCAUUCAGAUUCUCAACACCUGUGGAAGAGGAAAAGUGCGUGUGUCAUUGGUAACCAAAAAUGAGCCAUACAGACCACACCCACAUGACCUGGUGGGGAAAGACUGCAAGGAUGGAUAUUAUGAGGCAGAAUUUGGACCUGAACGCAGAGUUAUUGCCUUCCAGAACCUGGGCAUCCAAUGUGUAAGGAGAAGAGAGGUCAGGGAUGCCAUAAUGCAGAGAAUGAACCGAGGCCUCAACCCCUUCAAUGUUCCUAGGGAACAGCUCUUGCAGACGGAGGAAUACGACCUGAACGUGGUCCGUCUAUGUUUCCAGGUCUUUCUGCAAAAUGAGACUGGAUCCUACAGCAUUCCGCUGCCACCUGUCAUCUCCAAUCCCAUCUAUGACAACCGUGCCCCAAACACAGCUGAGCUGCGUAUCUGCCGUGUUAACAAAAACAGUGGCAGCGUGAAGGGUGGCGAUGAGAUCUUCCUGCUCUGUGACAAAGUCCAGAAAGAUGAUAUAGAAGUGCGCUUCUUCACCCAGACCUGGGAGGCCAGAGGCUCCUUCUCCCAGGCAGAUGUGCACAGGCAGGUGGCUAUCGUUUUCCGUACGCCUGCCUACUGCGACACCUCCAUCACAUCUCCUGUCACUGUGCACAUGCAGCUACGCCGCCCCACUGACCAGGAAGUGAGUGAACCCAUGGAGUUUAGGUACCUGCCUGAUGACAAAGAUCCAUAUGGCUGUCGAGAAAAGAAGCGAAAAAUUGAGAAUCUAAUGAAGUCCUUCCCCAGUUUCACGCCUAUGGGCAGAAAAGCAGUAUCUCAACCUCCUAUGAUGGGCCCAAGGAUUAAAAGUGAGCCAAAUUCCUAUGGAAAGCCCCCUCAUCAUGCUAUAAUGAGGCCAAAUCAACAAAUGAUGUACAACAAUACCUAUCAGCCCCAACGUAUGAUGCCAUCCACUUCAGCAUCUCCAGCUUCAGUAUCAUUCAAUCAAGGUCAAUGGGCUAUUCCUUCACUUCACUUCAGCCCAGCUAGCAGCAACCCUGGGGCCAGUAACGGAGUGGGUAUGUCACAGGUUAACCCAGUUAACCCAGCUCCCUCCCUAAGCACUACCGGGGAGAGUGGAAACAGCCUCCCCUUACUGAAUUCAGUGGAUCUGGAGUUUCUUGAAACUCAAGACCCUUCUGCCAGCCAGCCCCGGCAGGAGCAGCUGGAGCACAGUGUCCAGCAUUCACAGCAGCCUCUCCACAGGAAGGAAACCAUGCCUGCUGGCGAAAGCAUCUGGCAAAACUUUGAUCUCUCACAAGCAUCAGGAACACAAAAUGGGCCUGCAAACACAGGGCUGAUGGGGAUAAAUUACACAUAUUCAGAUAGUCAUGAUGGAAAUGAAAUGCUUCAUAGCCUAGUAGGCCCUCAGACAGGUCUUCAUUUAAAACAAGAGCCUCAAGGUCAAAGUACCUUGGCAAUGCUGGACCCUAACAACUCCAACCUCUUUGACUGCACACAAUCCUACCCCAUGCUCAACUAUCCAGCGACCAGCAGCAGCAAUCAGGAGGCCAUGAGACAUGCAGCCAGCAGUGGAGCCAGUGGGUCAGUACAGAGGAACACACAGAACCCAUCCUUCUCCCUCACCAGCAUGGUCCAAGAAGCCCACCUCGAUAGCCUCAACUGGCCCUACGGUCAAUUUGGUGGCGAAUAAGAGAAAAAUUCAGCACUGUUUUAAACUAUGGAUAAUAAUAUAUGUAUGUUGUUUUGAGAGUGAGUAACUGAAACUAUAUUUUUUAUUGUUUAAAUAGCUUUGCUGGAUGUUGUCUGGAAUAAUCUUUAGUCCUUACAGUUUAGUUGAGUCAAUGAUGAGGCACUGAGUUUAUGGUUAUAGCGGAUGAUACUGUAGCUGGAGCAGGUAACAUCUGAAUAAUUUCUGCAAUAAACAUUUACAGUAAGAAUUUAACAGUAAGCUUAUUGGGCCUCCAAAGCCCAAUAAGACACCACUGUCAUAUUAAAAAAGGCAGCAAUGUUUUCAAUGAAUAUGUACAUAGAUUUUGACAAAGAUAUUUAGGCAAUUCUGGAAAACCUGUCCAAACUUUCUUAAGUGUGAGAAAGUAAUUCUGUUCUCUGGAACUUGCAGGGAUCCUCAGACCCUGUGUAAUGGCUAUGUCAUAUUAAACACAAGUUCUAUCAUCCAAAGUUCUCAAAAUGCUGGGUUAAUCCUUCUCAAAACUAACUGAAGUUAUGCCUUUAGAACAUAAUGCUGAUAUUUUGUGCUUAUUUUUACAAAUAUUUACUGGAAAAGAUAAUUAUUUGUUGAUUGUGUUGUGUGUGUGCUUAUUUCUGCUUCAUAGUGAAAUCAAGAUGAUUUUUCUAUCUAUAGCAAUUUUUUUUGUUUUGUAUUUUUAUACAAUAAAAAUAUUAAAUAAUC